AUGAAAAUCGAUACGACAAAGUUGCGAGUCAACUUCGCGAUCGGCGCCACACACGCCGCUGAACUCCGGCUUAACUUUAACCCACAUAACAAAGUUCAAUGUAAACACAAUACGGCGAAGUUUGCGAGGCGGUUCACGGCCGCGGGGCGUCGCGCCCCCACGACUCGAUACCCCUUCGCGGAGUACUCCACCGCAACACCCCCACCCCCCUCCCCGCCCCUGUUCUCUCGAGACGGUGGGAUUGCUCUCACUGGGAGGCGAAGUCUCCUGUCUUCGAUACUUUCAUUCCUACAUUACACGUGGAUCAGUACACAUUGCUCGCGGUGGUGUUUCAUGGGCAUGGUC